CACCAAGGAUAAUAGUAUGCUUAAGUGCAAAGCGUUGUUGUAUCAGCAGUGAACAAACUAAUAUCUGUGAGGCAGCGUGGUGAAAUCAGGCUCUGGUCAAAAUAAUCAAAGUGAAAAAAUCAGCAUUUUUCUGCAGUCCCAGGCAUAAUGACUCUUACGGAACAGCAAAAAUCAGUAUCAUGCUCACCAAGUGACCGGUCGUACAAAUACUUUGGUGGGAUUAUUUUUGUUCUAAACAUUCUUGCCGCUAGAGUUCUCGCUCAGGACAAACUAUCAAUUCAACCUACCUUGACCCCGGAAGGCGCGGACUUCAACACCUUGCGCUGGCGUGACGUCAGUGAUUCUUUGCUACAGCUUGAGGAAGAAUUCUGUUCAUCUCCGAGAUCUUGUGACGGUCGUAUGCAGCUCCUGUGUUCCUUCUGCGAGUUCUGCUACUGUGACGACUACUGCUUCGUGCGAGGAGACUGCUGCCUGGACAAGCUUCUGGGCACCAUCGGGGACCAGCUGGUCUCAGAGCCGGUGCUCCAGCAUGAAGCCAGUGCACAUUUUGAAUGUGUUGAUACAAUGUUAGCCAAGACUGACUACUAUCAAGAAUUCGAAAUGGUACAGAGGAUGAUUACGUCAUGCCCCACAUAUUUUGACAGUGAUGACGACACCAAAGGGAAGUGUGAAAACGUCGAUAAUCUUAGAGACGACAUUUUGUCUAACGGGACGACUUUCCAGAACAUGACGGACAACUGGCCCGUUGCUUCGACGACAUCUUCAUUUUUCUACAAAAAUCGAGCUUGCGCUAAAUGCCACGGCGAAGUUGUGGACGAUUUCAAUCUCGUUGCCUGGAAAAUACGAAUGUCUUGCAAGGACAUGAAUCUAGCCACAUCAGAUCUGUCACCGAAGGAAAUGCUCGACAUUGUCAUAGGAAAAGAGACAUGCACUGUAUUUCUCGCUGUCCCUGGCGGUUUUGAAUCCAAGAAAUGCAAACUUGAAACCCAGGAGUCGACAAUCUACACGAAAUGUAACGCCACGGGAAAGCGCACAAUGCUCGAUCCCGUUCUAUGGCGGGCGUGUGAUUCUCAUUUCAACUCGUACCGUAAUAUCUUCUGCGACCUGUGUCAGAUGGACGAUCUGCGGGCGCCAGAGAGUACUUGUGGAAAGGAGGCGGGCUUUUCCUUGCCAUUUUUCGUCCUCUUUGACCCGGAAGCCUUACAGCAAGUGAAGGACACACAAAAGGGUCGCUGUGGAUGCGUGGUGGACCGGUAUUUUCACGAUACCCACAAGGACAAGUGCCGAAAGCUGUCUUGUGAGCACGGGAAAAGGCUGAUCGACGGUCGGUGUAAGUCAGAUGUCAAGGCAGCCCAGGGUCUGGCUUAUGAAACCAGCCUCACCUUGUCAGGAGCUGUCAGUUCGGAGCAGAGGAAGAGGAUGGGAGACGUCGUUCCGGCGUGUGGUAGCUUUCGUGACCUGUAUGAGAUAACAAAGCAAGUGGUGCGUCUGUUCUUCCUUUACAUCUUCAAGAACACAGACCCAAUAGUCACGGGCUUCUCUCUGGUAACCUGCAGCACAUCUCCGAAUUUCCCCCAAACAGCUAACACAUUCUCAGUCAGCUUUUACUCACUCAUGCGUGUAGAUCACCUUGUCUUGGCUCAGGACGUGGAGUCGAGACUGAUAGCGAUAAAUGAUAACCACAGCUGGAAUGUCGUUGUGAACGGAGUUCCUCUGGAGCUAAAAGCGAGAUACACCGAACCGCCUCCUGCCUAUAUUAUUUUCAGCGGUCUUAAAUCAGAGAUCAGGUCCGGACAAAUGAAGAACCAAGAUCACAGCGCCUGGACAAUGGUAGUUAAGAAACAUUCCAAGGAGCUAAAUCCGAGAUACACCAUCAGAAACUGUAGGGAUGUUCUCCAUUUUUCUGGAGUAGGAAGCUCUUGCUAUGAAAGAAUGUUGUCAUGUCACGGGCAGCAUACUGUGAUGCCUUUGGAACAGUUGACCUACUUUGCUGUGAAAAAUACGCUAACGUGUCCUCGUUUGACCUUUAACCUCUCAGCAGAAGGUGAUGGGAUCGAGAUACUUGUCAAAACAGAGGAAAACAUCGUCUGGAAAGCCUACGAAAUCCAUCAUAGCGCACGGGGGGAUCCGCUCUCUCCUCAAGACUUCCACGUCAACGAGGAGAAAAAUGUCGUGUAUGUUUGCGCGGAUGCUUUUGCGAAAUACACCCCAAGCCGAAAGUCUCUGAAUGUCACUAGUAUAGAUAUUUUUGGUGUAGGCUUAGUGGUCACUUCAUACAUCUGUCUAGGCUUGUCCAUCGUAACCUUAGGCUUAACUCUUCUUACCUACGCCCUUUUUGCAUCAUUGAGAAGCCUACCCGGGAAAGCUACCAUGGCAUUUUCUGGAACCUUGUUGGCUGCCAUUGUUUUGUUCUUGAUUGGAGGCUUUGUCGCCGACCGCAGGCUCCUGUGUCAGGUGGUGGGCGUGGCUACUCACUUUUCCCUCCUCUCAGCGUUCACCUGGACUGUCAUAUGCACGGUACACAUGUACUACGUAUUUACCAAAUUGUUAGAGAACAACACAGCUGAGCAUGAAACAAAGUCCAGGUUCCUCGUUUACGUUUUGAUUAGCUUCUUAGUCCCCUUCAUCAUCGUUUCGUUGACGAUCACGGGUCACAGCAUUACUCAGGCGACAAAAGAGGAAGCAGUCAUGGACGACACCAGUGUGGAAGCACAACUUUUUAUCACGUGUGAGGUUCCGACUGAUUGGAUUGGCUACGGCUCAGGAAUUUGCUACCUCUCCAACAAGCACAACCUACUGUUUGCAGGCAUGGUGCCGAUUAUUCUGGCAUGCCUCAUCAAUCUGGCGGUAUUUCUCCGAGCGAUGAUCGCUUUACGAAGAAUGACGUCCGAGCAGAAACUGGUGAGGAAAGACACGACAAACAACUUGUUGAUCUACAUCAAGCUCUCCUCUCUCACAGGUUUGAACUGGCUGCCUUGUAUGAUCGCCGUCUUCGUGUCUAGCGUUGUCCUGUGGUACCUGUUCAUAGUGCUAUGCGGACUACAGGGUGUCUAUGUUUUCGCCUCGUUCUGCCUGAACAAAAGAGUUCUCACCCUGUACCGACUACUGUAUCUUCGAACCGGGAAGUCCCACAAGAAAGACAACUGCUCUCCCUGUCCAGCGGAUGGGUCAACGGUCAAACAGGACCAACAGACAAUGAAAGACGCCACUGAUUGCUCAGAACCAGCUACUAUGUUCACCAUUGUAGAUUCCUCUCGAGGAGACGCUGUGCGAAAAGGGGUUGAUAAUACCCGAGUUUAGGAGUGUUCUUUUUUAAAAAGUAUGUUUUUUCACUCUUAUAACGUUUUUUGGUAAGUUACGCAUCUAAGUGUUGUCAUAGCCCCAAAUGGAGAUGUCUACCACAACCGGUUAGUAGUUAAUGUUUAGAUCAUGUUAGUCCUACAUUCCUCAGCUGCUGCUCUUUGGAGUCACGAUUUUAGGAGUGCUCUUGUUUACGUUUUUUGUUUUUGCUAUUAGA